ACCAGGGCUGCAAUGAUUAGUCCGAAUAGUUGAUGAUGUCAGUUAGGAAAAAUUGCCUUAACUUGCUUAACCAAUGAAGAAUAUAAGAGAGCAUGGGUCUCUAUUUCUGGGUGGAAUGUAACACUAAGUGAAGCCCCUGGGGGCAGCAGUGGUGCUGACAGUAGUACUGUACCACACAGUGCUACCAUGUACAGAGCUGUUUUUAGGCCCAACACUGUGGAGGCAGUUUUAAAGAACACACACAAAACAGAUCGAAAGAUUUCACAUACAACAUACAGUUAACAGAGCUAAGCCGAACAGAGCCAUUAGAGCGAAUGUGGAAAAAGGUUUAAUAUCAUUCACACCGAGUUCAUAUGGACAUGACUGAUAGAAAACAUGAUGGUGAGAGCUGCACUCUCUCUUACAAACACAACUUUCAAUGAUGGUGGCAACGAGAGGAAUUAAAAAAGCAAAUCCUUAAACACUUCACGUAAGUAAAAGCAUGGUACAAUGCAGUCUAUGCAAAGCAGAGAUGCCUUUCAUAACAGUACAAGCAUUAAAAAAUGACAGAAGCCAAGAGCUCCUGCUUGGGGAGUGGAGUAUACUAAGCAGUUAAUAUUACAUCUCAUUCAAGAGGCUUGGUAUUUUCUUUUAUGUAAUAGUGAAAUAUGUCUGGCAAUUUCAUAGAUUAAUGAGGCAAGUUAAGUUUGAUUUUUACAUUUUUAGCCUGAUUCAUUUUGUGAUUUAAUACAGUUUUGAUAAAGAGGGAGAGAAAAAGAUCAAAUUAAAUCAACAAAAGUCAAAAAGUCAAGGUUUGUGUGCUAUUAUUUAAAAUAAAUAGAUGAUCAAAUUCUUUAUUUGUAAUUUAAAUUGGUUGUUAUUGUAACAGGGAAUAAUCAUUAGAGAUUAUCCCUAGAAGAGUCAGUAGAAUAAGAUGUUAAAAGUAGUUUUUCCUCACAGUUUUUACAUUAUAUUAUUGAAAAAAACAAUAAACAACAAUGCCAAAUAUUUGUUACAGCUUUUCUCAUUUAUGAGUCACAUUUAAGCCAAUUUAUCAAAAACUAUUUUGCUGAUUAGUUCACAUGAAUAAUCGACUGUUCAAAUAUUUUUUGUGGCUCUAUAGACUACUAAAACGAUAUUUGCAUUUUGAAGUGGAAUCAUUUUUAGGUUUGUUUAAACUGAGGUGAUUGUUGUGAAAUAUCUUUUUUCAUAGCACUUUUAUAAUUUUAAAAUGGAAUAAUCUUUCAAUAAUUGAUUAUACAAUGAAAGUAAAAUCCUUUCUAUGAGAAACAUCCUGCUAGGCUGUCCUUUUUGUUUUUUUUUGGGAUUAGAAUGAAAUGGUUUUGCACCUGAACAAUUAGCUUAUCGAACUACAGGAUAUAACUUUCAGUACACCUCAAACACUGGGAUGUUGAAUGUCGAUGUAAGACUGCUUAAACUUAGUUGGCUAAAAGUCUGUUGCCUAGAGUGAAAUCCCAUUACUCAUGCAAAUUAAAUGUAGCCAACAUGGUGUCUUAAAGAUCCAUGUUUCCCAUAGACACGGAGGGGAAUGUUGGAAUACCUCCAAGCUGAAGUCAACCAAGAUUUACCCUGUACACUUACAGGGUGGUGCACUGUGGGUUCUAACAAACAGUGCUGCUUAUUCUGGCUCACACUACUUCACACAUCGCAUAGAGAAGGGACAUAAAUAAAUUCCCUGCACAGAUCUAUUUAGUAUACUGAUAUGCACUUUUAAACAGAACUGAGAAACGUUUCCUUCCCUAAAAAGUGCGUGAAGUUAGCGUGAAGUGGACUUGGCUAAAAGAAUCAUGGAAUCAACAAUGACACAAAGCCAGUUGGACGAGGUGGAAAAAUUACUGACCAGUAUAAUCUGCAUGUUUAAUAAGUAUUCCCAGUCUGAAGCAUUGCUCACAUUAGUUGAGGAACCUCUACCUGAGGAGGCUAUGAAAGCCACCUAUGACUCGGGUCAGCCUUUCAGCCCAGUCACAGAGGCAGAUGUAUGGAGGUCCAAUGGAUUCUGCUUGGCCAACACUGAAACUAUACUUUUUGAUGCAUCUUUAUUGAAGGAAAGUGAGAAAUCAAAGUGUGCUGACAUGGACACAGACACGGUGUGAGAGGAUGUGCAAUGAAGAAACCACAACUUUGAUUCCCAAUAAAAUUGGGCUACAUAAUCCAGACCAUAUUAUUAAUAUACCACAAAGUAGUAUUAUUAUCUCCAGGCAUUGUGGAAUGACAGACUGUGUAGCAGUACAUUGGCUGCCACCUCCUGGUUAGUUUAUGCCUGCCUCAUUUCAUGAAUUUCAUCCCUGCUAUCAUCACCAAUGCUCUUAAUAGCCUGCUAAUACAUUUUUCUUAAUUGUAAAAGGCAAAGGACUAAAUCAGAUAAGUUCUUAUUCAUGUCAAAAAUGCCAAAACGUUUGUAGGAUGGUGCUGCAUUUGUAUUUAUAGUUUUAUAAUUAGAUGAAGUGUGAAGAGUGCGGAAAUUAAAUGUCACAUUGAAUUCCUAUAUACUAGAGUGUUGUUAUAAAUCAAUAAACACUUAAUAUCAUUAGCACAAAACUAAAAUGUCCAGUCUUAUCAGUUUAUUUCAAUUUACGUUUGUAAAGUCCCUGUUAUAAUGGCAGAUUUCAGGGAAUUAGAUUUCCGAGAUUUUCCAGUGAAUCAAUGAGAAUGUUCACUGUUCAGGUUACUAAGCACUUCUUAAAAUAAAGGAUGUUAAUUACAGGAACAAGUGAUUUGCUCUACAUUUUGAACUCUGCAUAAUGGAUUCAGCUCCCCACAACCACUCAAACGAUCUAUUUAGCUUCAUUUUGGGUCAGAUAAGCAUUGGUUUUCCAUCUGCACCUCUUUAGGGCUUACAUUUUAACCUGAACUCAAGUAGUAGUGACAGUUAGUCAGUUAAUGACCCCUAAAAUCCAUAGUUUUCAUGGUCCACUUUUUCCUCUUGCUCUAAGGGUCCAGUUCUUUGUCAGCUGAUGCACACUAUUUUGGGGAAAACCACAUAUUGAAGGUAAACUAAUGUGUGCAUAACAUGUAUUUUUGGAGAGGCUUAAUUCUGAGUCUGCUACAAUUUUAAAUGUCCAUCAUAGGUGAGAAGAUCAAUCCAUAGAUAUAAAAUCAGACCAGAGAACACAAAUCAAUGCCAUCCUGUGUGCAAUGAUCAAUAUACAUAUAAAAAGCUAAUGCUGGAGACAUUUUGCUCAGGUUGAAAGCAGGACGAGAUACGUUUUUUUACACUUUCCACCAAGACUUCUUUUAGUAUAACCUACAUUUAUGUAAUUUUGUUUUAAAAUUACAUUAUAUUUUGGACCAUUCCUGGUGAAUUUCUGCAUUACCAACAUCAUGAACCUCCAGUCAACUCAGAGUGAGUAUCUCUGCCACCCGGGUGAUUCUAACUGCACGGAUGUGUUCAAGGAGUCCCUGAGUGUUGAAAACUACAAGAUGCAGCAUGUACCGUCCCAUGGGCCGACCCCCAUCCACCACAGUGAGUUUCCACACCUGUUUCCUACCGUGGAUGUCCCGGAUCACGCUCACUACAUUAUUGGGUCGGUCAUCCUCAUAGUGGGGAUCACAGGCGUAAUAGGAAAUGCGCUGGUCAUCUACGUAUUUUGCCGCAGCCACCCACUACGUACACCAGGGAACAUGUUGGUGGUCAACCUGGCUGUGUCUGACUUCUUCAUGUCGCUUACACAGUCGCCUGUGUUCUUCUUGGCCAGCCUGCACCGGCGUUGGGUGUUCGGGGAGCUUGCGUGUGAACUGUAUGCCUUCUGUGGUGCCCUCUUUGGGAUCUGCUCCAUGAUGACUCUAACAGCUAUAGCUGUCGACCGCUGCCUCGCCAUAACCCGGCCUCUUGCUUUGCUGGGGCAGGUCAGUCAAGGCAGAGCUGGUACAGUGCUAGCCAUGGUGUGGCUCUAUGCUCUGGGCUGGAGUCUACCUCCUUUCUUCGGCUGGAGCGCAUAUGUUCCAGAGGGUCUCCAGACCUCCUGCUCUUGGGACUACAUGUCAUUCACGCCAUCGGUGCGCACCUACACCAUUCUUUUGUUCAUGUUCGUCUUCUUCAUCCCUCUGAGCAUCAUUGCUGCCUGUUACUUGGCCAUCUUCCGAGCCAUUCGAAAAACCCGGAGAGAGGUAAGACGACUUGACUCCGGUGAGACACAUAAGGUGCUCGAAUGCAUCAAGAGCGAAUGGAAAAUGGCUAAAGUGGCCCUCUUGGUCAUCUUACUAUUUGUGAUUUCCUGGUCGCCUUACUCCGUGGUGGCUCUCACAGCCACAGCUGGCUACGCCCAUGUCCUCACUCCUUAUAUGAACUCCAUCCCUGCGGUGAUCGCCAAGGCCUCUGCCAUCCACAACCCCAUAAUCUAUGCUAUUACACACCCUAAAUACCGACUAGCCAUUGUGCGCUAUGUUCCACUUCUUCGCCUUAUCCUGUGUGUUGGAACGAAUAAGUGCUCAUCCUCCAUCUCCACCAGUGGCACCUCUUCUCAGCAGACAGCCCUAACCAGCCAGCAUGCCCUGGGUGUCCGGAUUGGCAAUGCCACGCGUACUAACUGCCGCUGGGGGAAGACACGGCUGUCCUCUGCUUCUGACACAGAGUCCUGCUGGACAGACAGUGAGGCUGAUGGCUCGAGCGCCAACUCGCUGCCUUUCGCCAGACGCGUGUCUACAGAGAUCUCUUCAGACACUGCCAUUCCUCCAGAGCAGGCUGGCAUGAGCACAGGAAUUGGGCUGAAAAAGGUGAAAGCUGGCAGAGUUAGCAGCAUGCCUGUGCCCUCCAUUACUCUGGAACCAGAGGGAGGAAUGCUUUCUGAUGGUAAAACCUUUCUCCUAUCAGGUAACUGACAGAGGAUUGCCACUGCAGGGCUUUGGUGGAUAUUCUCCUUAAAAAUUACUUCACUGUAUAUACUGUAUGGUGUAGUAUUAAAGAUGGGUAAAAUUGCUCCAGUUGUUCCUCUUUUAUUUUUGUACAAAUUUAAUCAUAUGUAAUUUCGCUGAAUGUAUAGGAUUAAAUUGUAUUAGUUU